CUUCUCUUUCCUCUCUCCUGCUCCUGCCCUCGCCCUCUCCCUGCUCCUGGGGUGGAUGUGGAGGCUUUGGGCCGCCCCUUCCCCCAGGGCCGGGGUGGAGAGCACAGGACCGGACGAGGAAAGGGGCCGACAGGCGGGGUGGUGACCGGUCCCCCUGUGUCCCCCCUGUGUCCCCCCUGUGUCCCCCCUGUGUCCCCCCCGUCUCCCCUUGGGCCGAGCAGCAGCAGGAGCAGCAGCAUCAGGAGCAGCAGCAGCAUCAGGAGUAGCAGCAGCAAGUUUGCAAGUUGCAGCAGUUGGUGGAGGGGCUGCGGCCUCGGGGGGAGGCCAGCGGGGUGGGCCCGGGGGUCCCGGCCAUGGAGGAGGAGGAGGACGGGGGUCCCCCGGGGUCGGCCCUGGAGAAGAACGUGGCGGAGCUGACCGUCACGGACGUCUACGACAUCGCCUCGCUGGUGGGGCAGGAGUUCGAGCGGGUGAUCGACCAGCACGGCUGCGAGGCCAUCGGCCGCCUCAUGCCCAAGGUGGUCCGGGUGCUGGAGAUCCUGGAGGUGCUGGUCAGCCGCCACCACGUCAGCCCCGAGCUCGACGAGCUGCGCCUCGAACUCGACCGCCUCCGCCUCGAGAGGAUCGACCGCAUCGAGAAGGAGAGGAACCACCAGAAGGAACUGGAACUUGUGGAAGACGUAUGGCGAGGAGAAGCCCAGGAUCUACUUACACAGAUCGCGCAGCUGCAAGAGGAAAACAAGCAACUGAUGACCAAUCUCUCCCAUAAGGACGUAAAUUUCUCCGAGGAAGAGUUCCAGAAGCACGAAGGCAUGUCAGAGAGGGAGCGGCAGGUGAUGAAGAAGCUGAAGGAAGUGGUGGACAAACAGAGGGACGAGAUCCGGGCCAAAGACCGGGAGCUCGGCCUGAAGAACGAGGAUGUGGAGGCCCUGCAGCAGCAGCAGACGCGGCUGAUGAAGAUCAACCACGACCUGCGGCAUCGCGUGGCCGUGGUGGAGGCCCAGGGCAAGGCCCUCAUUGAGCAGAAGGUGGAGCUGGAGGCCACCCUGCAGGCCCGGGAGCAGGAGAUGGGCAACAUGCGAGCCGAGAUUGGGAAACUCCGCGAGAAGCUGCAGGGGGAGGCCCGGCAGAACGGCGAGGAGCCGCAGGCAGAGCCGAGCAUCGAGGAGUUCGUCUCCGAGUCUGAGAAGAUGGCCCUGGACCUGAAGGAUCCAAACCGCCCACGGUUCACUCUGCAAGAGCUGCGAGAUGUCUUGCACGAGAGGAACGAAUUGAAGUCCAAAGUGUUUUUAUUGCAGGAAGAGCUGGCCUACUACAAGAGUGAAGAAAUGGAAGAAGAAAGCCAUCCACCACAACCCACUCCAAUCAUCCAUUCAAAAAUAUCUCCCCAGCCAGAGUCUGGUAUCAAGCGACUGUUUAGUUUCUUCUCUCGAGAUAAAAAGCGCCUGGCUAAUACCCAGAGAAAUGUUCACUUCCAGGAGUCCUUUGGCCAGUGGGCAGACUCCAACAGGGAAGACAGCUACACCGAACAAGGCCAAGAAGCCCUGCAGCACCUGUGACUUAAAGCCACGUGACAACCUGCUUACCACAUUAAACCCGAACACUCUAAGAACAACGAGCUUCUGUUCCAAGUCCCGGCAGCCGAAAGUCCUAUUUGCCUCGCGUACCUCCAGGGUUGUGUUUCAGAUCUGCUUUCCAAAAGGGAUGCUCGCAAAUCGAGUUGUUUAUUUGGCGACAGCCCUCCAAAAACAAACUCCUGACUGCGAUAACCGUUAUUUAUAGCCCGGGGUAUCACAGUUUCUAUUAGACGACGCUACAGUCCGGAGGGCGUGUACUUAACCUAAUGAUCUACGGCCUGACUUCCGCAUUAAUGUCAGUAACCCGAGCUUCUUUAAAAACCAAAAAUGAUGAAUGCUACUAUGAUUUCGUUUGCAGUCUACAAAAUGUAUUUGUGAAGACUUUUCUUACCAAUUUUGUGUAAAACUUGAGGGGAUGAAUGGGGUGCCGCUUUUCCAGGAGCUCUGUUAGACAUUUUCAGGGUGAUUUUUGGAGGAAUAUAACAUAGGAAACUGUUGCUUGGCAAGACACACCCAGGCUGACAAUACCAGGGUACGAAACGCUAUGAUCACCUUUGAUCCUGUCAGACAAAGCAGCAGAAAUUCAACAGAGACAUACAAUACGGAAACCUAGAAAUUGGAGGCGGCCAUUCACGAACCGGGGGUUGUAUAUUGCACCUUGUUAUUUAUAGUGCCUAAAGCAUGUAGAUACUUAUGUACAAGGUGAGUGUGCCUUGGAUUUUGCUAUGACUUAUGCAGUAUUAACGGAAAAAAAUACUAAAUGAUAUAGUUUAAACUUUGCAUGUUGUCUUUGAA